AUUUCAUUGGAGAAAUGGAAAAGAACGGACUCUUUGACUCAGACGAGGAAGAAGAAAAGAUCGAGUAUAAGCCAGAAGUGGAAGCUCCAGACCAAAAUUUGGGAGAGACUGUCGAGGUUCAUCCAGCUUCUCGGGAAACACAACUCCUUACUGAGAGCGAUGUAUCUCCUGUCUCUAAGAAUGACCUUGGAGAUGAUGCUAGCAGUGAAGAUGAUAUUGAAGAAACUCAAGAUUUGUCAGAAAAUAAAUUCCAAUUCGAUGUUCCUUAUCCUAAUGUUCAAGAGGAAGAUUUGACUUGGUCUGUUUCCCAACCUGUAAAAGCAGGACAUAUCAGCUACACAGUCACUGGAGAAGAUAAGGAUGGACCAUUCCAAGGAAGUAGGAGAUACAAAGAUUUUUAUAGUCUGAGACAAGCACUCGUCAAUAGAUGGCCAGGUGUAUAUGUCCCACCAAUUCCUCCAAAACAGAGUGUUGGAAACAAGAAGGACAAAUUUGUAUCUCACAGAAUGCAUUUGUUGGAUCAAUUCAUGAAGAAGAUCAGCAAAAUCCCACAUUUAAUCAAAUCUGAUGAGUUUCAGAUGUUCUCCAAGCCAGCUGGAGAUAUUUCGGCAACUUUUAAUUCGCUAGGAAAUAUCUCUCCUGAAGAUUUAAGAAAGCGAUUAGAAAACGAGCUAGAGGUUAGCACUGAGCUUGAAGAGGCCUUAGUAAAUCAAUCUAGAGAACAAGUGAAUGACUUCCAGGCCUUCCUUAAGAAAAUAAUUCCUACACUCAAAACAAUUAAAGAGGAAGCAAAGAAAAUGGUGAGUUCAAGAGAAGUUAUGAACAAGCGUACUUCAGCACUUGUUGAGGCCAUGUCUCAAUAUGAGUCAAAUGGCCUUAUAAAGUUUGCUGAUGAUGACAUCUCCAGGAUGGUCAUCGAUAACCCAGAAGACCCUGAAAUGAAAGCAAAAGCAGAAGGAAUCGGGAAAUUUUAUUCCAAUACUUUCAAAGAUUUCUAUUUCUGGAUCAGAAGCACUCUUGGAGAUAUAGAAGCCGCUUUGGAUGCUGUCAACGGGAGAGACAAGGUCGUACAAAAUAAAGUCAAACUUCUCAACAAACAAAAGAGUGAGAAGAGUGAAUUGGAUACUAUCAACAGUGGUAAAAAGACCUGGAAGUCUUUGUUCCAAUCAACAUCUUCCAAACAAAAUAGAGCAGUUUUUCUCACCUCUGACAUAGAAAAGCUAGAGAAUGACGCUAAAGAGCUAGAUGUGAUUAUCAAAAUGAUAAACUGCUAUAUAGCUGAAAAUAUCAUCCCUACAUUCAAAGAAAGACAGAUCAAGGAUUACUAUGAAUUCCUUAAUUAUAUUGCAAGAAGAGAGAUCAACAAUUGAGCUGCAACAAAGUUCUUCUGGAAUGACUUCACAAAGAAUGAAAAUAUACCUGCGGAUUCGAAAUAAAUCUCAAAUUUAA